CUUUAUAUUCCGCUAAACACAGUACCAUGUCGCACCCAAAAGACGUCUACACUAACAGGGAAGAAGACUGGUACCCAGGAAUUCGUCAGCGCUCGAAACCAGGCCAGGCGCCUCACGAACAAGUCUACGACACCACCCGGGACAUUAACGGAAAUGUUGUGACCGAUAAACCUGCCAACCGAGCCAUACUCUCUGCUCAGAAGCGACAGAGGACUCAUGAUGCCCGUGUCCUUGCGCAGCGUCAGAAACAAGCUGCUCGGGCCCAAUCUGGUCAGACAGAAGAGAGCAGCACUGCCGGCAUGCUCGGACGCAUGCUCAUGGUCAUUCUGUUUCUCCCCCUCCUUUCCUCCUUCACCACCCAAUCCUAUACCUUCAACCUGUCUCCCUAUUUCGUCCCGCAACUGAGAAGAUUCUGGGCAGAAACGCCUUUGAAUCCUUGGAAGCUGGAGAUGAAGGAGUUUACGCCGUUACAGCUUGCAAUGUACGACGGGUCCCUGGAGAGACCGGUGUAUCUUGCGGUGGACGGGGUGGUAUUUGAUGUGACCUCAAACAGGCGGAUUUAUGGUAAGGGCGGGAGUUACAACAUGAUGGCUGGGCGGGACGCUUCCAGAGCGUUCGUGACGGGUUGCUUCGAAACUCAUUUGACACAUGAUCUUCGAGGUCUUUCGGAAGACGAACUCAAGGUAUCCCGUUCCACCAGUCUACCCGUCCGAGCUCACCCAGUGCAGUCUGUUACCAGCUGGAAAAAGUUCUUUGAAAACAAUGAAAAGUAUUCAAAGAUUGGGACCGUUUUGAACCCCCCGAUAGACCCCAGCACGCCCAUACCACCACCUUGUCGAGGAGAGAAGAAGGACAAGGCCGACCCGCACGCGCCAGGGGCAGCAGCUGCUCAAAGAGGUAGAGCGAAGCCAGGACCAGUAUAGUAGGCCACUGAGGGUGUUAGGGCGGUACUCUAACGACUUGUCAUGACAGUAAUGUACA